AUAGGAAACUCGAAGAACUUGCAGCUUCAUAUAGUGGUAAAUUGAUUAUAGCGAAGGUUAAUAUAGAUGAUUGCGAACAAAUCGCCAUUGACAACAAUGUCAGCAUGAUGCCUUCGUUUAUGUUGUUAAAAGAAAGUCAAGUCUUGGAAAAGUUUGCCGGAAGUAGUGAAGAGAAGUUAAUGAGCACCAUACAAAAACAUGUGGGAGAACCAACGAAUGUCGUUAGUGACCCACCAACGACAAAUCCAACAACGACAGCUGGACAAGGACAGCAAAGGAUACCUAUUGAAUCGACUGCACAAAUAGCUCAAGCUUCUCCAUUGGCGCCAACUUAAUCGAAAUUGUUAACUAUUCAAUAAAUACGAUUAUAUGUUUGAAGCGCUGAUAAUAAUCAUGUUUGACAAUUCAUGUACCAUAAUUCGAUUUUCUUUGACCAAACUACACCUUGCUAAAGAAACAAAAAAUUGCUCUUUCAAUUCACAACCACAUUGUUGAGAUUUUACUGUUAAAGGGCUGAAAAUAUUGAAAAUAAAAAUUUCUGUCUUUCAAAGAAAAAUUGUUUCUGAAAAAGCAUACAAUUUGACAGCACUUCGUCUACACGUUUCGAAAUCAUGGUGUAUAUUAUACAAAAUAAAGAAGAUCUAGACAAGAAGCUGGAGGAAGCCGUCGGCUCUGGACAAUUGGUGGUCAUUGAUUUUUUUGCAAACUGGUGUGGACCAUGUAAGAUUAUUAGUCCAAAAUUAGAAGAGUUGGCCACACAAUAUGCCGAGAAGGCAAUUGUGCUGAAAGUCAAUGUGGAUGAUUGUGAAGACAUAGCGCUUGAAUACAAUGUGACCAGCAUGCCAACAUUCGUUUUUAUCAAGGAUAAUCAUGUUAUUGAUGUAUUCGUUGGAGGCAACUCUGAGAAACUAGUCAAGAAUAUGGAGAAAUAUGUCGGCGAACCAAUACCCGUAGAAAUUAUGCCAGAAAUUGUGGAAACCGAACAAAUAAUUGAGGAAGAACCUGUCCUUGACUAAUGAAAUAUUAUUAGAUUUGUUUUCCUGAAAUCAAUAUACUUAUCAUGCUUUAAAUUAACAAUUACCUA